AUGACAACGUCUCUCAAAACUGUCGUCUUCAUGGGUUCUGCCCGCAGUAUUCCUGCCUUUUGGGGUGGUGAUAAAAGACUUGGUGACCGUGUUCUGAAUUGGGUCAAGGCUACAUUGAAAGAUCGUAAGGGCACUUUAGGAGACGAAACUAUCAGUCAUGAUGUCACCAUUGUAGAUCCCGUCGAUGUCUUCAAACCCGACGGUGCCCUUGGUAGCAUUUCAGCUGGUGAAUUGAGCACGACAACCUUCAUGAUGAAAGCAGAUGAUUUGCCUGAGAAAACCAAGGCAUUGAUGGAGACCAUUCGUAGCGCCGAUUGUUACUUGAUUGUCAGUCCAGAAUACAAUCAUACGGUUCCGCCUGCGCUCGCUUCCGUCAUGGGUCACUUUGGAGGAUCCUUGUACAAGUGCAAGCCUUCUGGCAUUAUCACUUACUCGCCUGGUCCAUUUGCUGGUAUGCGAGCAGCCAUGAGUAUUCAAGUCAUGUGCCACGAAUUAGGAUGUCUCCCUGUCUCCAAGUUGGUUGGUAUUCCAGCUGUGAGUGACUUGUUCAAUGAAGAUGGUACGCCAAAGGAUCCCGAGGCCCGCAUGCUCAAACAACUUCCAGAAUUGUUGGAUCAAUUGGAAUGGAUGGCUAUGGCUAUGAAGAGUCAAAGAGAAAAGACUGGAGCUUUCUAG